AGACCAAAUGGACCAAAUUUUUGGUCUUGAUAUCAUUAACUUCCAAAACGCUAUACGGCCAUAUUUUUUAUUGGCUAAUAGUGUGGAGGUUAAUAUACGCAGAGAUCCUUUACUGGCGCAAUUAUUUCAAUGAAAUUUUCUUUUUACUUUUAUAUAUAAUUUUUUAUUAAUUAUAGUUUUCUAUUUAAAUAUAUUUUAUCUUCUGGUAGCGUAUAAAAUGGAAACUUUUGUCGAAAAAUUGAUAAUGUCAAAAAAAGUGAAAGUGACAUAAAAAAAGGUUUGCGACACAAAUCUCCUCACAGUUCUCCUUUACAACAAAAAUUUCAGAGCCAUAGAGGACUGGGCUUUACCAUACCAAUAGUUGUGGUUAUAUAACUGAGUAAUUCCUCUGAUAACAAUAAGGAUUAUUAGUAGAGGAAAAACUAUCAUUACUUUACACUACAGUUCGAAAUGUCAGUGAAAGAAUUUUUAUUCAAUAUCAUCAAUUAUUUCCAUAAGGAUAAUCGAUUCAAUAGAAUCACCUUUGGUUUAACAUCUUCAUCAUAUUCAUCCUCUUCAUCAUAUACCAACUUACCAUUCUUAAUAAAAUGGAGAUUAACUGAUGUGAUAUUAGUAGCUGUCUUAGUUGGUUCUUACCUUGCUAUGUAUAAUGUUCAACCUUUCCAACGUCAAUUUUAUGUAGGUGAUUUAUCCAUUAGUCACCCUUUUGCUGAACGUGAAAGAGUUAAUGGUGCUGAAUUAUUCCUUUAUGCUAUUUGGACUCCAUUUACCGUUAUUCUAGCAUCAAGUUUAAUCUUCACCAAACCAAAAUAUAAAAUUUAUAAUACUUAUAUUGCUUUAUUAGGUUUAUUUUUAUCAUGUUUCACUACAUCAGUUUUAACUGAUAUUUUAAAGAACUUUAUUGGAAGACAUCGUCCUGAUUUCUUAGCAAGAUGUAUUCCUAAGGAAGGUACUCCAUUAGAUGUAUUGGUAUAUGCCAAGGAUGUAUGUACUACCACCAAUGUUUCAAGAUUAAUGGAUGGAUUCAGAACCACUCCUUCAGGUCAUUCUUCCCUUAGUUUUGCUGGAUUAUUUUAUACAACCCUUUAUUUAUUAGGUCAAUUAGUUGCUACUAAUGAAUUAGUCGGUAAUUGGAGAACUAUUUUAAGUUUCAUUCCAACUUUAGGAGCUUCUUUGAUUGCAUUAAGUAGAACGGAAGAUUAUAGACAUCAUUUCGUUGAUGUUUGUAUUGGAAGUCUAAUUGGGUUAGUGAUUGCUUCAUGGUCAUACUUUAGAUUAUUUCCAAGUUUAUAUAGUUCCAGAAGUUAUUAUCCAAAGAUCAUCAUCAAACAAGAUCAAUCCAUUAAUGAUGAAGACGAAGAUGAAGAUCUUGAUGGACUUCAUGAUGAUACUACAUCUACUGAAUUAGCUUAUUCAAGAGUUCAACAAUCAGUAUAGAGUUGAGUUUGUAAUUCUAAUUUAUGUCAUUCAUU